AUCAAAGCAGAAAAAUGGCAACGUACCAACGCUAACCGACCUAGUCCUGUAUUUGGCACGCGAAAAGGCGAAGAAGGCACAUGGGACAAUUGUUAUUUGGCCAAAAUACUCGUUAACGAGGCUGAAUUGGCAGCUCCUCCAAACUUGACUCCCAUAAAACUUCCUGUCGGCACUGUAAACCUGCCUUCGCAGAUGGGCUUCGGUGUGACGGAUACGGACGCAGAGAAGCUUUUCCGCCAGCUGCCCGAGCUAUCUAUGAAUUCAAGAAGGUUUGAUGACAAGAAUCCCCAAAUGCAGUCUUUUGAGCAGUGGGCGACUGUGGUGCUGGACAGGGAGCAUAGGAAGGCAAAUACGUUUGCACAGGUCAUUGAUUUGAGGAAUGCGGAUGCGGAUGGAAUUGCCUAUGAAAACAAACGGAGGAUCAUUGUGGCCUUUUCUACUAAGGAAAAUCCGUUUGACCCUGGCCGUACUGAGGUUCAAGCUGCCAUUCUCACUUACAGGAUCCGAAAUCUUGGAAACCAUUUAGCAAAGUUCCCCAGGGAUUUAGGCAACCGUCUCGGAUUAAGAAAGUUGGUACAUCACAGGGCAAAGAUACUGAGGUAUCUAAGGCGGAAGAGUAACGAACGCUACGAAACUGUCUUAGAGCAGCUUGGCUUAAAGCGGGAGAGCGUAGAGGGAGAAUUAAUUGUUUAA